AUGAUAGUUAUGAAGGAGAAUAUGGGUGAUUACAAGAAAGAAUUUGCUAGGCUUCAUGAUUAUGCAGAAAUGCUGAAGUCUACUAAUCCUGGCACUACUGUAGUGAUAAGGACAUCUAAGGAUUCAGUUUCUGGCAAGGAAGUCUUUAUGGGCAUUUAUGUCUGUCUUGAAGCAUUGAAAACUGGAUGGUUAGAAGGGUGCAGAAACAUAAUUGGCUUUGAUGGUGCAUUCCUAAAGGGGACAUGUAAAGGUGAACUGCUUUCCUGCAUUUCCAAGGAUGGAAAUAAUCAAAUGUUCCCUGUGGCUUGGGCAGUAGUUGAAAAGGAAUCAAAGGAUACAUGGUCUUGGUUUAUCAGGUGUCUCAAGCAUGAUCUAAACUUGACAGAAACUGAAGGAGAAGGGCUGACAGUCAUGUCUGAUAUGCAGAAGGGUCUUCAUCUAGCAAUAACUCAGUUAUUGCCAAAUGCUGAAAUGAGAUGGUGUGCUAGACAUAUCUGGGCUAAUUGGAAGCAAACUUGGCCUGGUGAGGAAAGAAGGAAAAAAUUCUGGCAGUGCGCAAGAGCUACAUUUGAGGUUUACUUUAGCAAGAAGUUGGAUGAAAUGGACCAGCUGGGGGGAAAUAUUGUUCAGGACUUAAUGAAAUACAACAAGGAAACAUGGUGUAGGGCAUAUUUCAAAGACCAUAGUAAGUGUGAUGUAGUUGAGAACAACAUGUGUGAGACAUUCAAUAGUUGGAUAUUGGCAGCUAGGCACAAGUCUAUCAUUACUAUGUUAGAGGAAAUUAGAAUCAAGUGUAUGGAGAGGAUGAAUAGCAUGAGAGAGUUUUCUAAAAAAUGGGUAGGUGAGAUAUCACCCAUGGCUAUGGAAAUACUUGGAGAGAAUGCUCAAAGGGCAGCCAAAUGUGAAGUCGAAUUUAAUGGUGAAACAGGGUAUGAGAUCCAGGAUGGGCCAUAUAAACAUGUUGUUGACUUUAGGGCAUAUACCUGUACUUGUAGAUCAUGGCAACUCAAAGGAAUUCCAUGUGCACAUGCAAUUACAGCAAUGCAUUACAAGAACUAUGAGGUUGAGCCAUAUGUUGAUCAUUGGUAUAGAAAGGAUACCUACCUUAAGGCAUAUAGCAGAUUCAUUCAACCGUUAACUAGUAUGAAUUUGUGGCCAACAAGCACACUGCCAGCUAUUGAGCCACCUGUUAUAACUGCAAUGCCGGGAAGGCCAAAGAAAAAAAGGACAAAGGCUGCUGAUGAACCAAAGAAGAAGUUUGGGAAGGAAAAACCAAGAGGGAAGGGCUGGAUCUAG